AAAACACCAAGCUGGGUGGCCUCAGAAAACACCUAGAGGCUGCCCUGGACCUACCAUCAACCUGGACUCCCAAACUCGACUGUCUUACCUCUGUUGAAAUCCUGCUCGACUAUAGUCUGCAUCUGCAGGCUUCGCCACAGCACAGGGAUGGAUAAGGGCACGGAGAGGAGCAUCGUGGGAUGGCAUCGGUGGGGGGCAAAAGUGUGUCCCCUUACUCCCAGGCCAGGAUCCCAUAGCAUAGUUGUGAGGGGUGCUCAGCCCAUCACAACCCACCUCUGCCCCUCUAGACUUCGUUUCCCAGCCAGUAGGGACACCCCCUGGUGUCCUUAAGUCCCUGCAACAGCUCAACUCCUAGCACAAAAGGGUUAAGUCCACCUGCACCUAUUGACCAAUGGCCAUGCGUGGCGCCUCCUGAUUGGUGGGUGGGAGGGGCUGGAGCCUGCUCUGGGAUAGCUUAAAAGGCCCAGUCCACCAGGGUGCCCUGCUGCAUGCACAGGCUUACUUGAACAAUGAGCACCACGGCCUGCCGGGACCCCGCUGAGGCACCGGAGGAGCAGCGUUUCCUCAGCACGGAGGAGGCGGCCGCCCUGGAGCGGGAGCUGCUCGAAGAUUAUCGCUUUGGGCGGCAACAGCUGGUGGAGUUAUGUGGCCAUGCUAGUGCUGUGGCUGUUACCAAGGUGUUCCCCUUGCCUGCUCCCUCCCGGAAGCAGAGGACGGUGCUGGUCGUGUGCGGCCCAGAGCAGAAUGGGGCAGUGGGGCUGGUCUGUGCCCGGCACCUGCGGGUGUUUGAGUACGAACCGACCAUCUUCUACCCCACACGCUCACUGGAUCCCCUGCACCGAGACCUGACCACCCAGUGUGAGAAGAUGGACAUCCCUUUCCUGUCCUAUCUGCCCGCAGAGGUCCAGCUCAUCAACGACGCCUAUGGUCUGGUGGUGGAUGCCGUGCUGGGCCCUGGCGUGGAGCCCCGUGAGGUCGGGGGCCCCUGCACACGUGCGCUGGCCACACUCAAGCUGCUGUCCAUCCCUCUUGUGAGCCUGGACAUUCCCUCAGGCUGGGACGCGGAGACAGGCGGCGACUCCGAGGACGGGCUGCGGCCCGAUGUGCUGGUCUCACUGGCGGCGCCUAAGCGCUGCGCCGGCCGCUUCUCUGGGCGCCACCACUUCGUGGCCGGCAGAUUUGUGCCCGACGACGUGCGCCGAAAGUUCGCUCUGCGCCUUCCGGGAUACACGGGCACCGACUGCGUGGCGGCGCUGUGACCGCCACCGCGCCCACUCGGCUUGGACGCGCGGGAAUAAACAGACUUCCCAACACC